AUGUCUGGAAAACGUCAGAGCUACACUCACUUUUUCCUGUUUUUCGCUGUCGCUCAGCUACCUGGGCUACUGGCAUUCAGCGGAACAUCUCAGAUUCUGAGGACAGCGGAGGACUUGGAUGAUCUUGGGUCUUCCUACAACACCUACACAUUCAAGCUGGACGGUGACAAGCCACCACCUGAUGUAGAAGAGUUUCCAGAUUUGAAUCCAUGCGCCCCUUAUAUCGUCGCCGUGCACUUCCUGAAGGAGGAGCAAUGGUACUUUGUUUGUACCGGUAUCCUUGUUGCUAAGAACAAAGUUCUGACAGCAUCCAACUGUGUGGAGCGCAACAAGGAAUACCGGGUUCUAGUGGGAUCUGACUACUACUUCCGCAACCCUGACGCCGUUGUCGUGCCCGUUACAAAGAUCAAAAGACACCCCGAAUACACCAAGUUGGACUCUGUGCCAAAGCGUGGGUUUGAGGCCAAUAACAUUGCCAUGCUGAUACUUGAAGAGGAUGUGCAGGAGUCGGAACGCAUCCAGAUUCUUCCCAUAGCCCCAUGCGUGAACCCCGAGGAAGGUGAAGUGUGCUUUAUCGCCGGGUUUGGAGUCCCCCCUGUCUUCACGUCAAAUCUGGUCGGCAACCCAAACGCCAACUUAACCGUGAUCAGCAACAAUGAGUGCCAGACCCGCAUCAACGACCUGGAUUUGAAUCAAAACAUCGUCAUUAAAAACCAGCACCUGUGUACCCUCGACGAUGGGUCCAACACUUGCUUUGCCUUCAGCGGCAGUGGGCUUGUGUGCAGCGGACAUCUUGUUGGGGUAUUUGGCUUCUCGACCUCUCUUUGUUCACCGGGCACCCUGCAACCAAUGGGUUUUACCAGACUGUCCUCUUUUGAAAGCUACCUACAGUUCCUUGUCAACCUGUAG